AUAAGAUGAACAGUGAGAGUAAGUAAAUAAGGUUGUCAAUAAAUAAACCAUUUUGCUUCUUCUUCCUCCAUUUGAGUCUCUAAAUCAAAACCACAAAUCUCUCGUACUUUGACCAUUGGGAGGCUGCCAUCUCUUUCUCUUUCUUCAUUCCUAUAGCUACCCCACUCCGAUAUUUUGCUGGUGAAACCACAUAUCUACCAGAAGAGGCUCUCUUUUUAUAGGAGAAAAAGGCUAGAGAACUAUCCUUUUCCUUUUCCUCUCUCUCUCUCUUCCUCUUCUCUUUCACUUCAAACCCUAAUACUUGAUCGAUCCUUUUUGCAAUCUGUAGUGGUAGUAGUGAUCAAAAACCCAGUACAAAGAAAGAAGCAUAGAUAGGAAAACAGAGCAAACUUGUAUUCCCAACCUCUCUGCGCCAAGUAUUAAAUGCAUGAUCAUCCGUGGGCUGUUUAUUCCUUUGUUUACGUAACACCCUUUUGCACAAACACAGAUUAAGUAAAAGCGAACCGAGCACUGUGUGCUAGUUGCAGUGUUGCAGAGCCUUAAAGACGUUGGUAGGAGGAACCACUUUCUCAACACAACUAGCUUGUCUUUCCACAACCAGAAAUAUCUCUCUCACUUUUUGUUUUCCUCUUCUCUCGCUCCCAUACCUCAUUCAUUCUGCAGCAUACCUCUUAAAUGAACUCUUGUUUCUGCAACUAAUCAAAAUCUCUCCCCACUUCCCUCCCUCACGUCUUUCCAUUUUCCGCUUUCAUGGAUUCGGCCAACACUAGCGGCAGUUUGCAAUCUUCAAGCGGUGCCGAUGAAGAGUACGAUUCACGCGCCCAAUCAUCCUCACUCUCUGCCUUCUUAAACAACCAACAACCCCCCACCCAAGUUGCUUCCUUCAACACUGCCACCGCCACUGCCAAUAACCUCCUCCCACUUAUCCCACCACACCACCACCAAAAUACCCACAUGUUCGACCCUUUACCAACUUACCUGGAUCCGCUUACCCAAACCUCAACAUCACUUCUAAACCUUGACGUUAUGUGGUCCAAACCGGGCAGAUCCGAACCAAACCAAACCAAUCUUGCUAACUUGAUACCUUGCUCCUCAUCGUCACCCUCGCCGCAUAACCAAGCUUUUGUCUCCAGUCAAACAAGGGGCAGCAAUAGUAGUGCUUUUCCUACCUUGCCUCCAGAUGGUGGUUCCCGAGGACUAAUGCUUUCGGUGUCAGCCGCCAAUAAUGAUCAAAUUCAAACCCACAGCACCACCAACAGUACCAACAACAACAGCAACGUGGUUCGAAACCCAAAGAAACGGUCAAGAGCUUCGAGGCGUGCACCCACCACUGUGCUAACCACAGACACCACCAAUUUCCGAGCCAUGGUUCAGGAAUUCACAGGCAUCCCCGCACCACCCUUCACAUCCUCGCCUUUCCCGAGAACCAGGCUGGAUCUCUUUGCUUCAGCCGCAACACCAACUUUGAGAUCCAACCUUAACGUUAAUGUUAACCCUUUGGACCCUCCGACGCCACCUCAUUAUCUUCUUCGCCCCUUUGCACAAAAACUGCAAUUCCGAAGCCUUCACCCAUUUCCUCCUUCCCUUUCCAACAACACCUUAUCACCUUCAACUAACUCUACUACUAAUUCAACUUCCAUUAACUACCAACAGCAUCAGCAAAACCUGUCCGAACAUUUUGGACUUAUGAAACAGCCUCUCAACUAUAACAACGCUCCUACUCUCGAAGCAUAUCACCAUCCCAGGUACCCUCUUGGCAACUCUUCUGUCCUUGUCUCAAGACCACAACAACAACCCUCCUUGGAAAUUCCGCCGAGUCUCAAAAUGGGGGUGUUUGAGGAGCUGGGACUGAGACACGAAGGCCAUGUUAACACCGACCUCGGGUGUCUUCAUCAGAACAUGGUUUCGUCAACAUCGGUUGGAGUGGGAGCAUUGUCAAGUGGAAACAACAACAACAAUAACUUGAGUAAUGCUAAUCCUUCAACGGAAUGGGCCCAGAGAACGGGCACCAUUACCAACAAUGAUUGCGAUCACGGAGGAAGAGGAGGAGGAGGAGGUCUCAGUGGCACUGUCAGCUACAGUGACAUUGCAGAGCGAGUCACCAAUGGUAAAGUACACUACUCAGCUUCUUCAUCGGAUUUUCAUGGAGAUAAAGGACCAGAGUUCAGUGUAACUGCCAGAAGCCAAGGUAUGGUGGAAUCCUGGAUUAAUUGUUCUUCUGAUUAAAGCAUGGGCCACCAAACAGAAUAAGAAGAAGAAAAAAGGAUUGAUGUUUGUGAUUUCAUAAAGUUUAAAGCAACUAAUGGUACUAUAUGCUAGUAUAAUUCUAAUGCAUGGAAGACAGAAUCUUGGUAUCCUCAUCUUAACUAUGACCAUCAAAUUAAUUAUUAAUUAAACAAUAUUUUUCUUUUUCUUUUCAUUGUGCUUUGCUUCCCCUCAAAUAAUGUGUAAAUAAGUAGCAGCUAAUUAACUUCUCUCUCAAUUAUUGUUUUCCCCUCAAAUCUUGAGUUGUGCUUUUAAUCAUAUAUAUACACCAAAGGACCCUGGUUGUUACAAAAGGAUCCUGCUAGUUUCAAAGUGUUA